ACCGGUGUGAGCAGGGAGAUUACCUGGGAGUGUGCAGACCUCUAGCAUUCGUGAGCUUUAUCAAAAGGGUGCUGGGUCCAAGGAGAAGAGUGGGCAGGUUCCUGUGAACCUGACUGGCGCUCUCCCAGGAAAGCUGAACUGCUGUUGUUCAGGUGUCUGAUUGCUGAUCAUGGGGUCCAAGAUUAGUACCAGCCUGGCUGGUUAGAAGACCUGGUUAGAAGUCCCUCAGAGAGGCUGCGUCAACACUUGGAUGAAGAUGAGACGCUACAAGCUCUUUCUCAUGUUCUGUAUGGCUGGCCUGUGCCUCAUCUCCUUCCUACACUUCUUUAAGACCUUAUCCUAUGUCACCUUUCCCAGAGAACUGGCCUCCCUCAGUCCUAACCUUGUAUCCAGCUUCUUCUGGAACAAUGCUCCUGUCACUCCCCAGGCCAGUCCGCAGCCGGGUGGCCCCGACCUGUUGCGAACCCCACUCUAUUCCCACUCCCCCUUGCUCCAGCCACUGUCUCCCAGCAAGGCCACCGAGGAAUUGCACCGGAUGGACUUCGUGUUGUCUGAAGACACCACCGAGUAUUUUGUGCGCACCAAAGCCGGUGGUGUUUGCUUCAAACCAGGUACCAAGAUGCUGGAGAAACCUUCAGGACGCAGAGAAGAGAAGCCCGAGGUGGCUGAGGGCUCCUCGGCCCGGGGCCCUGCACGGAAGCCCAUGCGGCACGUGUUGAGUACACCAGAGCGCCUGGGUAGCCGAGGCACUAGGCGCAAGUGGGUUGAGUGUGUGUGCUUGCCAGGCUGGCACGGACCCAGCUGCGGGGUGCCCACCGUGGUGCAGUAUUCCAACUUGCCCACCAAGGAGCGCCUGGUACCCAGGGAGGUGCCGAGGCGGGUUAUCAAUGCCAUUAAUAUCAACCACGAGUUCGACCUGUUGGACGUGCGUUUCCACGAGCUGGGCGAUGUGGUGGACGCUUUCGUGGUGUGUGAGUCGAACUUCACCGCCUACGGGGAGCCACGGCCACUCAAGUUCCGAGAGAUGCUGACCAAUGGCACCUUCGAGUACAUCCGACACAAGGUGCUCUACGUCUUCCUGGACCACUUCCCACCCGGUGGCCGGCAGGAUGGCUGGAUUGCAGACGACUACUUGCGCACUUUCCUCACCCAAGACGGUGUCUCCCGCCUGCGCAACCUGCGGCCUGAUGACGUCUUCAUCAUCGACGAUGCAGACGAGAUCCCUGCGCGUGAUGGUGUGCUGUUUCUCAAGCUCUAUGACGGCUGGACAGAGCCCUUUGCCUUCCACAUGCGCAAGUCCCUGUACGGCUUCUUCUGGAAGCAACCAGGCACACUGGAGGUGGUGUCGGGCUGCACUGUGGACAUGUUGCAGGCCGUGUAUGAACUGGAUGGCAUCCGCCUGCGCCGCCGCCAAUACUAUACGAUGCCCAACUUCCGACAGUAUGAGAACCGCACAGGCCAUAUCCUAGUGCAGUGGUCCCUCGGCAGCCCCCUGCACUUUGCGGGCUGGCAUUGCUCCUGGUGCUUCACACCCGAGGGCAUCUACUUCAAGCUUGUGUCGGCUCAGAAUGGCGACUUCCCACGCUGGGGUGACUAUGAAGACAAGAGAGACCUCAAUUACAUCCGGAGCCUGAUUCGUACUGGGGGCUGGUUCGACGGCACGCAGCAGGAGUACCCUCCCGCAGACCCCAGUGAGCACAUGUAUGCUCCCAAAUACCUACUCAAGAACUAUAACAAAUUCCGCUACCUGUUGGACAACCCCUACCGGGAGCCAAAGAGCACUGCGGAGGGUGGUCCCCGGAACCUGGGCUCCGAGGGAAAGUCACCUGCCAGGGGCCGGUUGGAAACAGUGGAGGGCUAGGGCUGGGCAGGCUGGGGUAAUGGCUACCCCAGUGUUAUCUUUGGCCUCCUUGAGUCCCUGGAGGCUCUUGAGAAAGCCAGGAGUCCUUGUAGGCGGUUCUCUCUGCUCAAACCUUCUGGAAUUAAGGGUCAGGCCUUUUAGCCCAAAACAGAAAAGGAAAAGUAACUUUUUCCAGUAAAAAGCAAGCUCAGGCAUUUGUGCAGUAUUCUGUCCCUAAGAGUGCUAUGGGCAAGAGGUGUCCCUGGAGAGCAUAAGAUAGUUUUCUGGGAUUGUGAGAGCUGUGGAAUUUCAGUCUAGUUGAGAGCAGCCGGCCUUUGACUUCUUGGAUUAUUGACCUGCAAUGGAAAAGGGUGUAUACCAUACCAGGGGUUCCCAGGAUACUGUAAAUAAAUGCAUUUGGAUCCAGAAGCAAGAAGAGUUGCUUAGUAGGGAGGGACAAAAAAAAAGUGUAUCACUCUUAAUCUUGGCCAAGAAGCUAGGGAAGCAAUAGAAAAUGGCACCCAGGAGAGAGAGCACUUUGGAGCUUCCUCAGAAGUGCUGGACCCAAGGAAUGUGGUCACCGUGGGCCAGGAGGAUGGAGCGGUGGCUGUCAGUGUCAGAGCCGUGCCUCUGUAAGCAGACAUGCUGGGAGCCUGAGGACCCUUCCUCUUGGUUCCAAAUCCAGCCUUGAUGGCUUUUUCACUUUUCCUAUUGCUGUCUCAUGGGAUGCCAGCUCAGCUGCUUGCAAAGGACUCUAGAGUCCAGUUCUCAGGGUGGACAGGAGCUGGAGACUGUGUGGACAGCUGGGAUAGUAUGUGAGACAGGGAAAGGAGGCGUCUCUCUCUCUCUCUCUCUCUCUCUCUCUCUCUCUCUCUCUCUCUCUCUCUCUCUCUCUCUCUCUCUUCUCAUCACUCUCUGCUGGCAUCUGGUCCCAUUCUACCACCAUCCCAGAGCCUGUAAGACAGUCCACUUAGCCUCCCAUACAACUUCCAGGUGUGGAUAGAGUGGCUGUGCCUGCCCACAUGGUAAGACUGAGGAAGGGUGAACUCUUUCCUAUGAAGGGCAGGAGUCAGAUAUGUUGCUUCUGAUUGCAUCUUAUUGGUCAGGACUUAGCUGCAUGGCUACAAGUAGUUGCAAGGAAAACUGGGAAAUGUAGUUUUGAGCUGGGCUGCUAUGUGCCUGCCUCAGUUUGAAAGUUCUGUAUUACCAGCAACACCUUUGUGGGAGGGGUACAAAUGAGUGCUCAACAUGGGACCCUGCUCUCUCCCUGCCUGCCCCAUGGUUGAGGUCCAGUAAGGACUUAGCGGUGUACCGGAAGAAUGAGUGCCUCUCCCUGGGGCCCCUGAUGUUCCCUUGAUGCAAAAUGCAGGGCUGUCUGUGGAAUGGUCCGUGUUUGUGUGUGUGUGUGUAUUUAUGGGCAUGGGUGCAUGCUUGGUGUGUAUUGCACAUGUCUGUGUCCACAUGUCCAUGUGUCCAUGUACUAAGAUGAUGCUCACAUGUGGGUGUAGGAGUAUAGGCUUGGCUGUCCCCUUCCCUAGGACCUGGAGCCUGUAGUUUUGUCUCCUGUGGCUCCUUAGGAUGCCUGAGGCAGGAAGUCCUUGGGGAACCUUGAAAGCAAGGCUAAAGGGAAUACAGGGUCUGUCUGUCUGUCUGUCUGUCUGUUUUUUCAGACUGAGGAAUAGAAUCUUGCUAGCUAGAGGGAUAUGCUGCUGUGAGCGCCCAGCACUCCCUCAGCCUCUUUUUUACUGCAGCACCUCCUGGAUGAUCUUACUGGAGGCUUCCCGAGAGGUUUCCUUCGAGGUAUCUCUGUCUGGAGCAGGUUAUCAGGUGGUAGGCAUGGUGUUGGGGCAGCUCUGGUGAACAGGCAGAAAGCAGGCUGAGAGACUCCAUGGCUCCUCUCCUCCCACUGAGGGGACACCCCUCCCCCUGUGGUAUCUCCCUUUCAAAGAACAGCCCUCCCCUGAUUCCUCUUGGGACUGAGAGGUGGCCCCAGAAGUCAGGGUGUCCCAGCGACUUAUGGGUCCAUCUGCGCUUCUGAGACGCCUGUGGGUGCCCCGGUGUGAUGCCGUCUCAAAUGACAUCCUCACCCCACAGUCCCGGUAACCUCAGCUGCUUCAGACACCCCCAUUUCAGGCAUUUCAGGGCUCGUGCCCACAGGUGACCAGUUCAGGGACACUGGGAAAGCACAGAUCUGCUGGACUGGCCUCUCUCAGACAAGCAGGGGGGAAAUAAUGUAACAGUUUCAACCAGACAGGAAGAGGCCUGGUCAUGGGCUGAGAGAGAUUACCUGUGAAAGGCGAGGGCUAAAAAGUUUCACAUCUAACUAUAGCAUACACUGGGAUUUGAGGGGCACAGGACCCAGGACCAUACCCCAAUAUGAAGGGAAACGGAUUUGAAUGUGGGCACAUUCUCCAGGAACCACUGACCUGUGACCUCUAGACCCAAGGAGGCCUGUUCAUUCCAGGCAUCCUGCUGACCUUGUUCACCUGGGGUCACAGGGGUUACAGGGGCUCAGGCAUGAUAAAGCUUUGCAGACAAAGGUGAGAUUCAGGGUGAGAAGACAGGACUCAUCCAAGCAGAAGGUAGGGCCCUGGGAAAUGUGUAAUUUAAGGACACCAGUAAUAAUAAUAAUAAUACUAUUAUUUUUUUUGUAAAGGAAAAUCAAUAUGUACAUUCUGAAAUCAUUUUCUCUGUAAAUGGUUGAAUUUCAUUUCACCCUUAAAGGGAUGCUUAAAGGAGAAGAUAAUAUUAAUAAUAAAAACAGCUGCGAAGUCUG